AUGAGCGAGGAUGCUGAAGCUGCUGAAGCCGCCGGAGAGCCCGCUUUGUUCGGAGGAGCUCCGGGCUUCUGCGCCGCGGUCAUCCCGCAGCUCAUCCCCUGCUGCUUUGUCUUCAGCCGGCCCCGCGGAACCGAGCGUGACCAGCAGCGUGGUUCUUCAGUGUUGGACUGGAACCAGCAGCAGCGGCGGCAGCAGGUUUGCACCAUGAGUCUCUACGGGUCCGGCUCCAGUGGCGGUGCAGCCGGCGGGGCCAGAGAACGAGGAGGAGUGGAGCACUACCGGGAGCAACGGAGACGCUCCAGCGACCGCUCACGUGACUCGUCCCACGAGAGAGGAGAGGGUCAGCUGACGCCCUGCAUCAGGAACGUGACCUCCCCCACACGGCAGCACGACCGAGAACGCGGUGACGGAGGCUCCUCCUCCAGAUCCUCCAGUCCCCGCCCCCCCAGGGUCUCUCUUCCCUAUUCCCACAUGGGAGGAGCUCUGAUCGGAGGACCGAUACCUCGGCCACUGGGCCUCCCCGGAGUCGACCUCCACUCCAAGUCCCUGGGAGACAUGAUCUACGUGUACGACCUCAGCAGCAAGGAGGGGCCUCGCGGCGGCCUGAGGCUCGGAGAACGAGUGACGCUCAUUGUGGACAACACGCGCUUCGUGGUGGAUCCGGCCAUUUUCACAGCUCAGCCCAACACCAUGCUGGGCAGGAUGUUCGGUUCUGGGCGGGAAAACAACUUCACACGACCCAAUGAGAAGGGAGAGUUUGAGGUGGCCGACGGCAUCAGCUCCACCGUGUUCAGAGCAAUCCUGGAUUACUACAAGUCGGGGAUAAUCCGCUGUCCUGAUGGAGUUUCCAUUCCCGAGCUGCGGGAGGCAUGUGACUACCUCUGCAUUUCCUUCAGCUACAGCACCAUCAAGUGCCGAGACCUCAGCGCCCUGAUGCACGAGCUGUCUAACGACGGGGCGCGGCAUCAGUUCGAGUGCUACCUGGAGGAGAUGGUGCUGCCGCUGAUGGUGGCGAGCGCUCAGAGCGGAGAGAGGGAGUGUCACGUGGUGGUGCUGACGGACGACGACGUGGUGGACUGGGACGAGGAGUACCCCCCCCAGAUGGGGGAGGAGUACUCGCAGAUCAUCUACAGCACAAAACUCUAUCGCUUCUUCAAAUACAUCGAGAACAGAGACGUCGCCAAAUCGGUGCUGAAAGACCGAGGCCUGAAGAAGAUCCGUCUGGGGAUCGAAGGAUAUCCGACCUACAAAGAGAAGGUGAAGCGGCGUCCCGGAGGUCGUCCAGAGGUCAUCUACAACUACGUCCAGCGUCCCUUCAUCCGCAUGUCGUGGGAGAAGGAGGAGGGGAAGAGCCGCCACGUGGACUUCCAGUGCGUCAAGUCCAAGUCCACCACCAACCUGGCCGCCGCCGCCGCGGACAUUCCCCAGGACCAGCUGGUGGAGUUGCCCCCCCCGGGGCCGCAGGUGGACGAGCUGGACACGCUGCCGCCGCCGGCCGCCAACGACCCCCACAACGCCCCCCCCCAGCCAGCGCAGGCCCUGGAGGGCCCGAACCAGCAGGACAGUCCGAGCCCGGCGGCGCUCAGCCUGGUCCACGGGAACCAGCAGCACGGCAGCAGCUACACUCAGGCCCGGUACCACUACGAGCCGGACCCCGACUCCCCGUCGCCCUCUGCAUGA